GCUAUUUGCGUUUACAAUUUUUAAUCUAAAAAAAAUAAAUACAAAUACUUAAAUAACUUAAUUAAAAUCAUUUGUUGUGCGUUCAAAAAUGUUGUAAAUAUCUUAGUGAAAUAUCGUAGUAACUACAUGGAAAAAUAUACAGAUAAUUGAAUGGGUUCCUCAACUAAACACAUCCAGUGAAGCUUCCUUUGAAGCUGUAGUUUAAGUUGCCAUUGAGGAAUUGAAUGGCUAUGUAUUAUUACGCAAGUAAACUGAAUGAGGCUUCAUGUAGUGGCUGCAACAUUAAAGUCCCUCCAGCGCCCACAGAGCCAGCUCCCGUGCCUCCCCCACCGACCGACCAUGCCCCUCUCCCCCCUGACCCCUCUCUCCUACAUGGCACUGGACUAUCUUAUUAUGAUAAUGAUGAUUACUAUUCAAUGGUGAGGGGAAAUAAGUUUAUGUCAGAGACUACCUGCAAACACAUUGUGAUGAAUGGUGGACUAAAUUUCGUUUCCUCGCAGAAAGUCGAGACCCCACAGUUGACAUCAGUUCUCGGCCCUGGAGUUAAGUCAUUGUCAACACUCCCAUACCCACCUGCCGACAAAUCUGAUAUUGAGUACAAAGAUGGGCAGAUUAUAAGUGCUCCUUUGGAGACUCUGGUCGAUAUGCUCCGACCAGGAGCCAGCAAGUCAUUCAUGUUUACAUUCCUAUUGUGUUCCCGUUUAUUUGUAAAGCCUCAUGAGUUGCUCAGUAAGCUGUGUAAGAGAUACUUCAAGAAUUAUGAUAAAAUUGGCAAAAGUGAAGUCAAGGAUUUGAUUGAUAAAGAGCUAAAUGACAUGAUAGCUUUGGUAAGAGUGCUGAACCAGUGGACAAGCAUGUUUCCUUACGAUUUCCGUGACGAUAGAGUUAUGGCGCUCGUUCGUAGUAUCACACAAAGGUGUGCAGCAGAACACAUGGCCUCCGUGAGGCUAGAAGUGUCAACAAUGUUAGAAAAACUUUUGGAUAAAUUGACUGCUUUAGAGCAGUAUGAGGAGACGUUGAAUGAAAUACCUCAAGUGUCAACUGUUGACCAGUUAGCACAGGGGGACAUUCUAACGCUCGGCCUAUCACCUGUUGAGUUAGCGAAUCAAUUAACGGUCGUGGAAUUGCACCGAUUGUCAUUUGUGGGCCCCGAGGAAUUUGUGCAGACGUUUGCUCCGGCUCAGCCGCCUCAAUCGACAUCAACAAGCGGAAAGAGCAGCAUUAACUUGCAUCAUAUUGAAACAAAGUCUACGAGGAACCUGGAAGCCUAUGCAGAUUGGUUCAAUAGACUCAGUUACUUAGUUGCUACUGAUAUAUUGAAGAGUGCAAAGAGCAAAUACAGAGCUAGAGUGAUAGAGCAAUGGGUGAUGACAGCAAGGGAAUGUUUCAACCUUGGAAACUUUAAUUCUCUCAUGGCUAUCAUCAGUGCCUUGAAUAUGUCUUCUAUAACUAGACUUAAGAAGACGUGGGGUCGUACGUCGGGCGUUUGCGGUCAGCAACUGAGGCAGCUAGAGCUCUGUGUUGAACCCAGUGGCAAUCAUGCAAGAUAUCGGGCGGCGCUAGCCGCGGCACCGACGGAGACGGCCGUGCCUUUGCUGUCGGUGACCUGCAGGGACCUGCACUUCGCCAACCAGGGAGCCCCAUCCAAAAUCGGCGGCAACCGCGUGAACUUCGAGAAGUGUUCGCUGCUGGCGCGGCACGUGUGCACGCAGCUGGCGGCCCGCCGGCUGGCCAGCGACGAGGCGCCGGCGCCCGCGCUGCCGCCGCCGCACCGGCCGGUGUGGCGCUUCCUCAACGAGCGGCCGGCGCUCAGCGAGACCGCUUUAGAGUUAACUUCGUUCGAGCGCGAGCCGCCGGCCGACCACCUGGAGAAGGAGCGCCUCAAGCGGCUGCGCGGCGCCUCCUAAGCCCUGUACCUGUGAUUUGGUUCCCCCUGCUCAGUUUUAUGAAUCUUCCAGUGAAACGUGAGUUUACUCUCCAUACUCGUAUUUAGUUUACAUAGAAAUAUCUACUAUUGUUAAACUAUGAAUAACUUUAACACUGGCCCCAAGCAGCUGAAUGAUAAAUAUAUUUAUAAAAAUAGAGAUUACGAAUCGCGGCUCAGUAAAAAAGUCAAGGAAUUUUAACCCACCGUCAUCUUUAUUAGGUAUAUGCACAGUUUCUAGUCCGAGUCCAUGCUUGCGAACUUGUUGGUCCAUUACAGACUCCGCUCAACAAUAUUACAGUAGUUUAAAAAUAUAAUAUUGUUUGUUCAUUAAUAAUACAGAGUAUUUAGUAAUUAAGUUAAAUUAAAUAAAACUUAUUCUGCAUAUAGGAAAAACAGUACCUAUAAUAACUGCGUAACUAUUGCAUUAUGACUGUCAGCAUAGUGUCCUAAAAAUCAUUGUAGUACUUAUUAGUGUUAUCUAGUGCGAAUGUAUAUUAUUAUUGUAUGUUUACUGAUUAAUGAAAAAAUCCGCAUUGUGUCCCAAAUGAUAUUAUAACUUCGUUCCUUGAUUUUCGUAACUACAUUUAAAUAUUCGCAAAAAUCCUAUUUACUCAGUUUUAAUUGGAUUUAUUUGAGUCUGCAUAUUUAAAUAAAUAAUUGUUAUACAAAGCAUCAAAAGCAAAAUUUACUACGUUUUUGUCUGGGAUUUACUGUUACAAAUGUAAAGUUUAUCCAGUAAUGGACACUUAUUGUGUGUUACGUCGUGCAAGUUUAUAUUUAGGUAUUGUUAUCUACACACGUCUAUGGACCAAUUAAUUAGUUUGUUUUGUCUCAAAAACUCAAAUAAAAUAUGUUAAAAAUAGAGUGGGGCAGUAUAUUACUAUUUUAUGUGAGUAUAAGUGUACAUGAUACAACUGGACUUUAUGGGCUCAAAUUAUUUCGAGUAGAAACAUUAUUUAUUAGGUAGACAUAACUAUGGAAUUUGGUAAAGUCAAUAGACUAAGUGUUAAUCGAGUAAUUUAUAAAAUUAAUACGUAUCACUGUUUUUAUGAAGCCAUUCAAUCCAAGUUCCUUAACCCAUCAGUAUUUAUUAAAUGCUUUUCAUCUCGCCAUUUUGAUGAAUCUCAUAAAUGUACUUAAUAUUUAAAUUUAACUGUACUUGAAGUUUGAUCUCAUUUUAAAGUUGCAUUAUAUCUCAAGAGUGUUUUUGAUUAUUUGUGUUAGUGUAUUUACUGAGUAUUUAAAUGUGCGUGUGAGUUGUGAGUAUAAUUUGUGACAGAGUGGUAAAGAGUGUGAACAUUUUAUUGUUUGUUGCGCACGUUCUUCAAUUUCAAAUCUUUGAUUGAAAAUUGGUGUUGCUUAAAAAUAUAUCUACUUAUUAAUAAAACAAUAUUAGGCAGUAAGUACAAAUUUCACUUUAUUUAUACAAUUUGUAUUUUUGAAAAGUUUGAAUCCAUAAUUAUUAAUGUGUAAACUACUUAGUUAAUAUUUAUGUAAAGGGGCAAAUAAAAAAACCGUUUUCACGUCUAGUAAAAAAUAUAUAUUAAAAAAACCGUAUUUUUUCAUACUACAACGUUAUUGUUACAAUUCUUUGUAAGUUUAUAAUGUCUUUGAAUUUCUACUCAAUGGUGCGUAUUUUAAGCACACUGGUUUCGCCACAAACGUCACCUUCGACAUUUAAGAGUUAAUUACUCCAUUGAAUUUUUCACGAAAUAAAAUAAGAUACCUUGCCAAAUGAUUCUUACUUCGGUAAUACUCCUAGAUUAAGGAAACUUUGAAAUUGCCAAAUAAACAUUAAACACUGCCGAUAAACCUGUCUUGAAAUUCUGUUUCAAAAAUUAAGACUGUUUAUCAUUAAGUCGUUGGUGACGGAAUGCUAUAUAAUAUAUUCGCAGCCGUUAGCAGACUACCAAUCUAUCAGUAGAGGGAGCUGUCAAAAUUAUUAUCCUACCUCUUCUCUUGGAGAACGAUUAGCAUACCUCCCCGCGUCCCUCUGUCCCUCAGUAGUUCAAUACCACGUGGCUAAACAUUUCUUUGGCCGGCUACUUUGGAAUUUUGGAUUUUGGUCUAUACAUAUAUGUAUGAAGCAUAUCUGGUCUCUUUUACUGAUAUCGUUUGGUUCCUUAACGGUUCGCUGUCAAUCUCACUGCAUACUUUAUGGAUGGUACAUUUAUUGUGUACUUUUUCAUCGUUUCAGUAUUAAAGUGUUCAUGUCACUUAAACUACAAAGAAAAACUCAGUUGAUGGUUUAUGUCCUUUAUAAAGCUUAAUCUUAAUAAUAAGUAAUUUUGAGAUUUACUCGUCGAAAUAAAGCAUUAAAAUGGGACGGUUCUGGGCAAAAACUCGUAAUUUGUAAUUUUGAGUUUUAAUUGUACAAAUGUUCGUUGCCAUUUUAGAUUUAACCAUUAUUUCCUGAUGUAGCUACGAUAUGGGUAAAUUAGAUAUUAAAAUAAGUUAUUACAGAAACAUUAAUUUUAGAAUAACUCCUUAGUUCUCGAGUGAAUAACUUUAUAAGUACUUACGUUUUGUUUAUUAUAAUUAUUGCUUUGAAACUUGUUACCUAAAACAUUCCAGAAUAACUUGAUUUAUGGUUAUUUUAAAAAAGUAAAAUCAGUAUUAUAUUGAUUAUAAUACUGUCAGAUCUGCGCGUCUGUUCCUAUAAAAAUGCAUUGCCCUGGAUAGCUUUUGCUCGAAUCAUAAAAGUACUCAUCUGUUAAUUAUUAUGUAAAAAAUACAUAAUGUUUAAGUAUAAUACCUCUGGUGCUCCUUGCGAAAUAUAUCUUUUAGGAAUAUA